AUGGAUCUGUUUGGAGAUAUAGACGACAUUUCUUCUGAGAGUGAUGAGGGCAAUCAACCACCUACUCCAGGACAGCUGGUUGAUGAACAUGGAGUACCUCAGGACCAGCAGGAGGAAGAGCCAAUUUCUGAAACCAUAAUAGAAGAAGAAAUUCCCAGUAUCAACUCUGAUUUAGGAAAUGAAUUGUAUUUUGUUAAAUUACCCAAGUUUCUCAGUAUAGAACCCAAGCCUUUUGAUCCUCAGUUUUAUGAAGAUGAAUUUGAAGAUGAGAAAGUGCUUGACGAGGAAGAUAGAAUCAGGUUAAAAUUAAAGGUAGAAAAUACUAUAAGAUGGAGGAUACGCCGGGAUGAAGAAGGAAAUAAAAUUAAAGAAAGCAAUGCUCGGAUGGUCAAGUGGUCAGAUAGAAGCAUGUCCCUGCAUUUAGGCAAUGAAGUGUUUGAUGUGUACAAAGCCCCGCUGCUGGGCAAUUACAUCCACCUGUUUAUAAGAGAAGACACUGGUCUGCAAGGACAAGCCAUCUUUAAAUCCAAACUUACCUUUAGACCUCACUCUAGAGACAGUGCCACAUACAGAAAGAUGACCCUGCCACUUGCUAAUAGAAGUUCAAAGACACAGAAAAUUAGAAUCUUACCAAUGGCGGGUCGUGAUCCUGAAGGCCAACACACAGAAGUGAUGAAGAAAGAAGAACGCUUGAGGGCUUCCACUCAGCGGGAGUCUCAGGUAAUCCAUCUGCAGGAGAAGCGCUACCAGCAGGGGCCAAGUGUCUCCUACCAGGACCCUGGCAGUGACGGUGUGGAGGAGGAAGGCAAGGACACCUUCAGCCUGGCUGCUAUUAAAAACUAUUAUCAAGGUGAAUUCCAAGGUGAGUCAGGUAUGGAGGUCACAUUUCAUCAUUUCAGGGUGGCAGUGCCUGCUUUUGCUCUGGCGAGCUGUCACUCCUUGUCCUACUAUUUAUUGAGGACAAAAGUACGAAAGCCUUUUUGUUUUCUCUCCCACAGAAAAGAUUAGCUGUGAGAAUAUGGCAUCUGGCUGGGCGCAGUGG